AUGGCGUUCCUGACGCCGUCUAAAAGACAGGACAUACACUAUGGUUCUCAUUAUCGCAGUGUUACUCAGCUUGGAGUAGACAGCAGCGAAGGGUUAAAUACCGAAGAAACUCAAUGUCCCGUGGAGAGCCAACUGGGCAGAGUACAUUAUGACAAGGAAGAUCAUACCACUAUGCAUGAUGAGCUGGAAAGAAAGAGCGUUGAUUAUAUUGAUAAUAAGUUGCUAGAGGAACCGACAGAUCGACAAUCUGCGGAGGCUGCCAGCGCCAAAGGCUCUGACGCAAAUGAUGGAUCACAGUAUUUUAAUUGGGAAAAGGUCCGUGAUAACGGGAACAUGUUGAGUGACGAGGUUGUCAAAUCUGUCGACUCUACUGGGUCUAAGGAACUAGAGAAAGGAGAAAGACCGACGGUAUCGGGUCAUGGCACAGACGCCAUACUCAAUCUAGAGGAGUAUCCGAUAAACGUGAAUAGUGGCCGACUUAACGAAUGGUGUCCAUCAUGGAAAGAGGGUGAAAAGGUUAUGUCUUUCUUUCCAAUUAUUGUAGACCAAUACUCCCUCGUACCGUCACCGUUGCAAUUGGGGUACGAGGAACCAGUAAUCUUCAGGGGUAAAUACGUUGACAUGACAUUUAACUCGGUGCUAGAUACACUGGACAUUCCGGGAAAAGAUCCCAAACAGAUAUAUGGUAUGUGCUUCAUCAACCCAACCUCGGGACAGCUAGCACCGCUUGCCGUCUAUGCUGAACUCCUUUCAAAAGAGGCUUUUGUUGACGGAGGAGGAGAAAGAAUUAAGGUCACAGGACGUGUCCUAGGCCGGGUUGUUAUCCAUAAAAUAGUUAUGGAGGAACCGUUUAUCAAAGCUAAAAUCAUACCUAUUGAAGAUGACCCGAACUUUACAAACGCUGAGGAAGUACCAAAGAUAGUCGACGAAAUCACAAACCUACAUGAAAAUUGCAACAAGAUAGAAUGUGAAAUUAUGGAAAUGCUACAUCAGCCAUAUGCUGUAGCACGUAUUAAAGCCAGGCCAAACCUGCACGACCUCAUCGACCAGAGACUCAACCAUUUCAACGUAGAUCUCGCCAAGGGCCCUCAAGCAUUUGCACAGAUCGCCGCAUACACAGCAUUCGACUAUCAUCUCACAGCAGAUGAGCGAUAUGAUGCGUUAUCAAUGCAAAAUUCAUUUGAUAGAUUGAGGUUUGUCAGGGACAAUCUCAGGCUCAAACUCAAGCAGUUGAACAUUCUUAAAAAGGCACCAAGAGACAAGUUGGAUGAAAUAGUUGAUCAAAUGAAGAAUAUGCAACUAAAUAGGGAUGACGCUUACGCACAAAUUGCCAAGGAAGUUCAAAACGAUACCGAAGAAGAGGUCGAAUCGGAAGAACAGUAG